GAGCGCUGCAAGAGCUCGGGCGCGAAGGCGCGGUCUCGCUACUACCGCCCCAGCCGCAUCCGUGCUUAUAGGUUCUCGGCGAACUCUCCGCCGGUCCUCCGAUGACCAUUCGAGACAGAGGUCGUGGACGGAGUCCACGGCUUAGCCCUAGUCAGCUACAAUGCUGGGAUCAGCGCUUGCGAGAAAGGUAAGCAGUGGCAGCGUGCCCUGUCGCUGCUCAGCGAGAUGUUGGGGUCAAAGUUGGAGCCCACUGUCAUCAGCUACAACGCUGGGAUCAGCGCUUGCGUGAAAGGUCAGCAGUGGCAGCGGGCCCUGUCGCUGCUCAGCGAGAUGUUGGUGUUGAAGUCGCAGCCCGAUGUCAUCAGCUUCAGUGCUGGGAUCAGCGCUUGCGAGAAAGGUCACCAGUGGCAGCGGGCCCUGUUGCUGCUCAGCGAGAUGUUGGGGUCGAUUCUGGAGCCCGAUGUCAUCAGCUACAACGGCGUGAUCAGCGCUUGCGAGAAAGGUAAGCAGUGGCAGCGGGCCCUGUCGCUGCUCAGCGAGAUGUCGGGGUCGAUGUUGGAGCCCGAUGUCAUCAGCUACAGUGCUGGGAUCAGCGCUUGCGGGAAAUGUCAGCAGUGGCAGCGGGCCCUGUCGCUGCUCAACGAGAUGUUGGUGUCGAAGCUGGAGCCCACUGUCAUCAGCUACAACGCUGGGAUCAGUGCUUGCGAGAAAUGUCAGCAGUGGCAGCUGGCCCUGUCGCUGCUAAGCGACAUGGUCGAGACGAGGCUGGAACCCACUAUGAUCAGCUACAACGCUGGGAUCAGCGCUUGCGAGAAAGGUCAGCAGUGGCAGCGUGCCCUGUCGCUGCUCAGCGAGAUGUUGGGGUCAAAGUUGGAGCCCACUGUCAUCAGCUACAACGCUGGGAUCAGCGCUUGCGAGAAAGGUCAGCAGUGGCAGCGGGCCCUGUCGCUGCUCAGCGAGAUGUUGGGGUCGGAGCUGGAGCCCACUGUCAUCAGCUUCAGUGCUGGGAUCAGUGCUUGCGUGAAAGGUCAGCAGUGGCAGCGGGCCCUGUCGCUGCUCAGCGAGAUGUCGGCGUCGAAGUUGGAUCCCAAUAUCAUCAGCUACAGUGCUGGGAUCAGCGCGUGCAGCACCGGGGGGCAGUGGCAGCGGGCCCUGUCGCUGCUCAACGAGGUGUUGGGGUCGAAGCUGGAGGCUGGUGCAACUGGCCUCGUUGCUGCUCGUCGAGGUGUUUGAGGUGAAAGUGGGGCCCGACUACAGGUUCUAGGAACCGCAACCGUCGGCUGCGAGAAGCUCGGGGCGUGGCAGCACGCGCCUUUGCUUUUCGGCGAGCUGCUGCAGGCGAGGAUGGAACCCACCGUGGCCGCCCGCAGCGCUACGCGCUCCGAGCCCUGGUCGAGGGCACAUCAGGCGUCAAGCCGCCAGAAGCCGCGACCUUGUUGAGCACGAGCUCGCAGCGUUUCUCUCCCAAGGAAAAAUAGAGACUCCUCCAGGAGGGCAGCGAGAGGGCACUGCGGUGGCGGCGGCCGCGGGGGCGGUCAGCCGAGC